AUGGAGCACCAGGGGCAGCGCGGCCACGCCAUCACCGGUGCUGGCGAGUACGGCAACUCGGUUGCCGGGAACGGCGUGGACACCACCGGCAUGGUAGCCCACGGAGCAGUGGCGGGAGCUGCACCAGGCGGACAGGUCCAGCCGGCCGUAGAAGACCACAGGAGCCGCGGCAUUCUGCAACGCUCCAGCAGCUCCACGCCUCCAGCUGCAGCUCCGUACGACUCUCUCCUCCGUGUAGUUGCUCAGUCGUUCGAGGACGAUGACAUGGGCAGAUGGAGGAAGAAUGUAGUACCGAGGAAGGUGACUAAAGAGGGGUGA